AUGAGUUGUCUUGCCAGCAGUAUACUGCUUUGGGAUGGCAUGAGAGAAUGGCUGGUAAAAGAUAAGACCAGACUUCCAAACCAUACGACUAUAGCCUUUAUUGGCGUGGAGAGAGGCCCUGACGACCUCGUGGUUACUUGCCUUCGUGACAGGUUUAGGGACCGUCUUCUCUGGAGCAACUUCAAGGCAAUUGGGCAACCGGCAUUAGUUGCAGUUGCUCGUGCUGGUUGGCACAUCCAGAGCUUGGAUAAUAUCGCGAACUCAAUCAGGGAAGGGAGGUUCGACGAACUAGAGCUAGAAAGAGCCCGUGAAAACGCAAAGGAAAAGCUUGCAUGGAUUAACCGAUUAUCGUCUGGACCACCGAGCCGGCUUGAUUAG